AUUUGGCGUGAGGAUGUGAGUAAAAUUUUUCUUGUAUAAAUGAGUUUUCCUGCUUAUUCAACGAACUCUCACUCACAAUCGCCGCCAUGAUCUCACGCUGGCUCAGCUCUAAGCUUCCAAAACCCUAUCAUGUAUUCUCAUCAUCCGCCUUGUCCCUCAUCAUCUCCCCCAAUCUUCGAAACCCUAACCCUAAACAGUUCUCAUUCCUUACCCCUCAAUACUUCAGCUCCAUUCCCUCACAAUUUGCACCCAAAACACACUCGAGCCCAAAUUUCAAUCUCUUAAACUCCACCCCUGCAAAUUCCUCAAACUCCAACACCAUUACUGAAUUUCAGGACCCACCAAACGAAAAAGCACAAAGUUUCCAUCCUGGUUCCAUUAGAUCAUACUCAAGCUCGAAUAACAGUUCUCAAAACCCUCACCGUUAUUGGUUAACAAAUGAAAAUUCCGCGAACAUUUUACCCCUAAACCCCGGGAAAGCCCCAGAGUUCAAGCACCUAUCUAUUUUUGGUCCAAAACCAUUUGGUACCAAGUUCCAAAGUUUUGACCUUCACUGGUUUAAUAGAGGAAAAUCCAGGUUUUAUUCAACCUCCGAUUCAUCCUCUGAAUCGGAGAAACCCCAAAACGCUAGUCAAUACCCUAGUCAGAACCCUGAUUUCAAGCAUCAAGAAAUCGAGGGACCAACCGUAGAUCGCGACCUCUCGGCUUUAGCGAAUGAAACAAGAGAAGUUCUAGAAGGGAUGAUGAAGACUAUCUAUGGUUUGAGUAAAGCAGUGGCUCUUCUGGGUUUGGUUCAGCUUGGCCUUGGAGCUUGGAUUUCUUAUAUUACCAAGUCCCCUAUUGCCGAGAUUUCAAUGCAGAGCGCUUUGGCAUUUGGCUUUCCAUUCUCGUUGGCGUUCAUGUUGCGGCAGUCAUUGAAGCCGAUGUACUUCUUUAAGAAGAUGGAAGAGCAAGGUAGGUUGCAGAUUUUGACCCUGACUCUCCAGAUUGCUAAGAAUUUGAAUAUUUUAUUUGUUCGACUUCGUGGGGUUUCUUACAUGUGUGUUGCCGGCUUGUCAAUUGGAUUUUUGGUCACUCUGCUGUCAAGAUGACUUAGCUUUGUUCUAAAGGAUUCAUUGAUGAGGAUUUGCCUUGGGUUUACCCAUAUAUGAGUUUUGGGUUUUCAAAUCAAUAAUGAGUCCACCGUUGACUUUAUAUAUGAUUGCCAAAUCAAAAUUGUUAUCUCUAUCUAGUUGUAUAAAACUCACGUGCUAAACUUGAGUUAUUUGGUGCA